GCCGCUGUCAGUGAAAGUGAAUCAGAAGCCAUCAGACUUCAAUUUGUGUCGAGGGGAAAAUACAAACUUUUCAGAAGUAAAAACAGGUUUGAUUUAACACACCGAUGUUGGAGUGAAGUAAACGUGUGCCCUGCUGUAAUCUGGAGAAGGAGACAUGACCUCCAACAUGAGUGUGUCUGGAAAACAGGACUUAAAGAAAGACGAGAGACCACAAAACAAGAAAUCAGACAUCAACAGGAAUCAGCUGGACUCCAUAUUCAUGGAGCUGGAACACAAAGUCAUCACUCUGAUAAAGAAUGAGCUGAAGAGGUUUAGGAAGCUCCUGAGUCCAGAUUACCCAGCAUGCACUGAGAGGGAGGUGGAGGAUGAGGAGGAUCUGCACAGUGUCCGAGAGGGAGUGCUGAAGAUCACACUGCACGUCCUGAAGAAAAUGAACCACACAGAUCUCGCAAAGACACUGCACAACAAGUCUCUGGUGCCUGAAUGUCAUGAAAAACUCAAAUCCAACCUGAGAGAGAAGUUUAAAAGAAUUAAUGAAGGAAUCUCACAGCAUGGAAGCUCAGCACUUCUGAAUGAGAUCUACACAGAGCUCUACAUCACAGAGGGUUGGAGUGGAGACGUCAAUAAUGAACAUGAGGUGAGACAGAUUGAGACAGCGUCCAGGAGACUAGCAACACAGGAGACACCCAUCAAGUGUAAUGACCUCUUUAAAGACAAGUCCAUCAGAACUGUGCUGACUAAAGGAGUUGCUGGAAUUGGAAAAACAGUCUCUGUGCAGAAGUUCAUUCUGGACUGGGCUGAAGGAAAAGCAAAUCAGGAUGUCUCCUUCAUGUUUCCACUUCCCUACAGAGAGCUGAAUUUGAUGAAGCAGCAAAAUCUCAGUCUCAUGAAUCUUCUUCAUCACUUUUUCCCAGAAAUAAGAAAACUACAAUUAAUAGACUGUGAGUCCUACAAAGUGGUGUUGAUCUUUGAUGGUCUGGAUGAGUAUCGACUUCCUCUAAAUUUCCAGAACAAUGAGAGAUUGUGUGAUGUGACAGAGUCAGCCUCAGUGGAUGUGCUGCUCACAAACCUCAUCAAGGGGAAUCUGCUUCCCUCUGCUCUCCUCUGGAUAACCUCUCGACCAGGAGCAGCCAAUCAGAUCCCUCCUGAGUGUGUAGACCAGGUAACAGAGGUACGAGGGUUCAGUGAUCCUCAGAAAGAGGAGUACUUUAGGAAGAGGAUCAGUGAUCAGAGCUUGGCCAAUAAAGUCAUCACACACAUGAAGUCUUCAAGAAACCUCUACAUCAUGUGCCACAUCCCAGUCUUCUGCUGGAUUUCAGCCACUGUUCUAGAGAGAAUGUUGGGUAAAGCAGAGAGUGGAGAGAUCCCCAAGACUCUGACUCAAAUGUUCACACACUUCCUGAUCUUCCAGAUCAAACACAAGGACCAAAGGUACCAUCAGAAAUGUGACCCUGAUCCUCAGCAGACCAGAGAUAGUAUCCUGGCACUGGGAAAACUGGCUUUCCAACAGCUGGAGAAAGCAAACCUGAUCUUCUAUGAGGAAGACCUGAGAGAGUGUGGCAUUGAUGUCAGAGAAGUGUCAGUGUACUCAGGAGUGUGUACCCAAAUCUUCAGUGAGGAGUUUGGGCUUCACUUGGGGAAGGUGUUCAGCUUUGUAAAUCUGAGUGUUCAGGAGUUUCUGGCUGCUUUAUAUGUAUUUCUGUCUUUCAUCUUCAAAAACAGAAAUGUGUUACUGGAGCAAGAUCCUAAAAUUUUACAUUUCUUCAAAAAGUCAACUUUGUCCGAUUUCCUCAGGAGUGCAGUGGACAAGGCCUUACAGAGUGAGAAUGGACACCUGGACCUGUUCCUCCGCUUCCUUCUGGGUCUCUCCCUGGAGUCCAAUCAGACUCUCUUACGAGGCUUAAUGCCCCAGACACGAAGCAGCUCUCACAGCAAACAGGAAACAGUCGAGUACAUCAAGGAGAAGAUCAGGGAGAAUCCAUCUCCAGAGAAAUCGAUUAAUCUGUUCCACUGUCUGAAUGAACUGAAUGAUCAUUCUCUAGUGCAGGAAAUACAAAAUUACCUGAAAAGAAGAGGCUACAGGUGUCUCAGUGGAACCCGACUCUCUUAUGCUCAGUGGUCAGCUCUCGUGUUUGUGUUACUGAACUCAGAACAGGAGCUGGAUGAGUUUAAUCUGAAUAAAUAUGACCCAUCAGAGGAAUGUCUUCUGAGGCUGCUGCCAGUGGUCAAAGCCUCCAGAAAAGUUGUGCUGUGUGGGUGUAAUCUGACAGAGGAAAGCUGUAGAGUUCUGUCCUCAGUUCUCAGCUCAAACUCCUCCAGUCUGAGAGAACUGAACCUGAGUGUCAAUAAACUGCAGGAUUCAGGAGUAAAGCUGCUCUCUGCUGGACUGAAGAAUCCACACUGUACACUGGAGAUAGAGAUCAGUGUUCUGAUAUUUCAUCAUUUCUCUUCCAGGCUGUGUGGGUGUAAUCUGACAGAGGAAAGCUGUAGAGUUCUGUCCUCAGUUCUCAGCUCAAACUCCUCCAGUCUGAGAGAACUGAAACUGAGUGGAAAUAAACUGCAGGAUUCAGGAGUGAAGCUGCUCUCUGCUGGACUGGAGAAUCCACACUGUACACUGGAGAAACUGGACCUGUGUGAGUGUAAUCUGACAGAGGAAAGCUGUAGAGUUCUGUCCUCAGUUCUCAGCUCAAACUCCUCCAGUCUGAGAGAACUGAACCUGAGUGACAAUAAACUGCAGAAUUCAGGAGUGAAGCUGCUCUCUGCUGGACUGGAGAAUCCACACUGUACACUGGAGAUACUGAGGCUGUGGGGGUGUAAUCUGACAGAGGAAAGCUGUAGAGUUCUGUCCUCAGUUCUCAGCUCAAACUCCUCCAGUCUGAGAGAACUGAACCUGAGUUACAAUAAACUGCAGGAUUCAGGAGUGAAGCUGCUCUCUGCUGGACUGGAGAAUCCACACUGUACACUGGAGAUACUGAGGUACACACACACACACACACACACACACACGCAAAUGGAGAGAGAAAGAGAGAGAGCAGAAUUUUAAUAAAUGCCAAAACAU